UUAUCUUAAUAAUUGUAAAUUCCCUCACAUGUACGAAUAUACCUAAACUAUGAUCACGCAUUGUGUGUCUAUACGUAUUUACUGUCAUGUCAGUUGUGUUCCUGUUCGUCUUCGUGUUUCAGCUGUCAACGUACAUUUUUCGCAUUUUUAAUAUAAUUUAUAUUUAAUUUUUUAAAAUGGAAAAUGAAAUUUUUAUGAUAACUUCAGAAAGGGGGAGUGAUUUAUUAGUGGUGAAGAAACACACAUUUCGACACGUCAGACAGCGGGAAUAUGGAAACAACAGAUGGAGGUGCUGUAAAAAACAGUGUACUUGUACAGUCUUAAUGACAAAUGACAAUAAAAUAAUGAUAGAAAGUUCUGGUGAGCAUAGUCACCUGGUAGAUUCUACUCAAAAAAUCGAAAGGCAAGUUCUAAGGGAAAAUUGUAAACGUAAAGCUACAAGUUCCAUAGCUACCCGGCCAAUAAAAAUAAUUAGAAGUCAACUUAUGAAUAGCGUAAGUACCGAAUUAGAAUAUAAUGAUAUAAAAUCAGUUAGAAAGGCUAUGUAUAUUCAACGAAGAAAAAACUUUCCUCCUUACCCUUCAUCUUUAGAAAAUGCCAUUACGCAAUUGAACAAGUUACAAAAUGAAGAUUUUUUAAUGUUUAGAGGGAAAAAAUUUGUACAUUUACCCAAUGAUUGCACUUUUAUUUGCUUAACAACUGAAGAGAAUCUUCAAUGUUUGACAAGUUGCACAGAUAUAUUUACGGACGGAACAUUUGACUAUGCUCCAAAAUUUUUUUUGCAAUUAUACACCAUUCAUAGCUAUAAAAACGGUGUUUACGUACCUUUGGUAUACUUUUUUCUAAAGAAUAAAUUUAAAAACACAUACAUAAAUGUAUGGAAAUAUUUAAUUAGUAUAUGUGAAAAGCAAUCACUACUUUUUAAAAUUGAAAUAUUACACAUUGAUUUUGAAAUUGGUGCUAUUGAAGCAACAAAAGAAGUUUUUCCGUAUGUCAAAAUUAAAACUUGCCGUUUUCACUUGGGACAAGCUUGGUGGCGCAAAAUUAAUGGCAAUACAAAACUAAGAAUGGCAGACAACGAUGAAAAUAACGAUUUACAAUUAUGGCUUAAAUCAUUUUUUGGACUUUCUUUCAUCGCUCCAGAUGACGUAGAGGAUGCUUUUGUAGAACUUAUAAGUACGUGUCCAAAUAUUGCAGAUGGACAGCUAUUUUCUGACUAUGUUUUGGAGACGUAUGUUGAACCUGGUUGUUUAUUUCCACCUAUUUUAUGGGCUGAAACACCAUCACUAAAUCCUAGGUAUAUAUUUACUAAUAAGUCUAAAAAAAAAUAUUGUUUACUAUAUUUAUACAUUUUCAGAACUACAAACGGGGCUGAAAGUUUCCAUGCAACAUAUAACGCCCAGUUUACUAGUGCUCAUCCACCGACAUUUGUUGUUAUAAGUACCCUUAUGGAAACUCAGGCAGAAACCGUCACUAAAUUAUCAACCAUUUUCAAAGAAAAAUCAAGCCAAAAUCGAAGGAAGAACUAAAGAAAAUCGAAUUUAUGAGUAAGCAAUACGAAGAGUAUCUAAAAAAUAAAACGCCAGAAAAUUUACUUAAGUAUUUAGCCAUAAUUGGAAAUAGGUAUCAGGGAUUUAAAAUUUAAAUUAUUUUAUUUAUAUUAUUUUAU